AUGCCCCCUGGCGGUUACGGUUUCCAAUUUAAUCAUUACCAGCAACAGCAGCCCGUCCGAACUAUAUCCUCUUCUGGAGGGGAACGUCUGUACUCUGCCCCUACGAGUAUAUCGGGGAACCAUACAGUGAGAACUACCGCUAACUUCACUUCGAUGCCCCCUCCACCAUUCACACCUUCACUGGCCUCUCACGCGAGGGUUGGUGGAAUUACGUCAGGAGUGAACCCCAACAGGAGCGGUAUUACGGACGUAUACUUGUCGGGCUGUGCUACUCCUAUUGCGCCAUCGAUGGGCAUGGCUGAGAUGUCGGAUGUGAGGACGUAUCAAAGGGCCGUUAGCACACCCACGAAUGGAGCUACGUACAGUCCUGUGAGGGGCAUGUACAGUAGCACUGAACAGACAGCAGCAGUUAACCCGCUGAAGGUCGAGACACAAGUCGAGAAGGCUACUGUACAGUCGAGGAAGGUUGAGCACGAGCCGAGUGGCCAACCGAGACGUCAACAAAUUGAGGCGGAAAAACCUGUUAGGGCUGUCAAAGUCGGGAAGGCUUCAACAACUGGGCCUCAACGAUCGAGCCAAGGGCGGAGGCCCUCCGAGAGUCGGAGAGCUCCAGUGAAGACACCUACGAUGGACAAGGUGGCAAAAGCUUCGCAACCUCUACGACGAGCAACUUCGAAGCGGUCGCCACCGCUUAUCGAGCUGUCCCCACCGAAGAAACAACCAGGGAUGAAGAUGUCUGUAUUGGAUGGCCAAACUGGAGUAGAGGCGGCUAGGAAGGAAGCUGGUCGGAUGUCCACGGGUGAUGCUCAGCUGGAUGAGUGGAGAGUUAUGUCUAAGAGUGUACAGCUGCACGAGGUGUCCGUCGCGAAGGCAGUGAGGCAUUUUACUGAACAGUGUAGGGGCGGCGACAUGAUAGGAAGUACAGGAAAUGCAGCUGAAUUCACUUUGUUAACAUUCACCACAGCAUACAGAAGCCUUAUAGAAUCCUGCGGGAUGAGUCCCGACGAGGAUAGUGAUGAACAAAUUGCUCGUUUGUUCGAUGUGUUGGACUGCGACAAGGAUGGACGAGUCGACCUGAUGGAGCUUGUUUGUGGAGUAUGCCUAAUAUGCAGUGGAACUGAGAAGGAGAAGCUCCACAGUGUAUUCGAAGUCUUCGAUACCAAUGGGGAUGGUCGAAUCAGCCUGGACGAGAUCACGGCCUUCCUUCGCAAUGUAUACAGGAUCGUGCUGACCCCAGGUGUGGUGAAGAGAAUGAAGCAAGUUGGGAUAACGCUGAGUACCGCUGAGGAUUUGGCGGCAGUCACCGCGAAGGAGUGCCUCGCAAGUGCGGACCCCACCGGGUCGGGGACGAUCAGUUGCGAGGAGUUCUAUGCAUGGUUUUGUACCCCUCAUAAGCAGGCGUUAUCAGUAGCAGGAUCAAUGCACGGUCUAUUCAAUUGA